AUGUGGAUUCAUAGCAGAUUUAGUGCCGAGGCUCUCGAACUAACACUGGCGUAUCCCGAAUUUGCCUCUCCCGAAGUUGAUGCCAAAUUUCCUGCCACUUUCUAUCAAACUGUCUGGGCUGAGCUUGGCUUGGAUGCUACCACAUGGGAUCAAUACAGACUGGGAGCACCAGUCGAAUCGGGGAAACCCAAGGAUUGCCCAGCUAUGUUCUGCCAAUACUACGAGGAUAUUGAUGUAAAGACUCUGGCAAUCAUUUUAUCACCUGGAUUCACAGCGGCCAGCUGGAAUGACUUUAACACGGCGUUCAACAUGUGCAUGAGCAAUUUGGAUACGCUUUUCCAAACAAUACACCGACAUGAUCAAUAG